AUGGCAAUGGGAGCAAAGCGCUGGUUGACCAUGAAGAUCUUUCUGCUUUUCAACAUCACCUUCUUGAUCUCCUCCAAGUCUACACCUUUCAAAGUCUUCAACAAUGAUGAGCUGAUCAGGAUUGUGAUGUUGGGGAAGACUGGAGUUGGGAAGAGCACCUCAGGAAACACAAUUCUGGGACAAAAGUCCUUUAAAUCACAAUUCUCCUUUACAUCUUUGACUACACACUGUGAAAAGGCCUUUGGUGAGGUGGAUGGACAAAGGGUUGCAGUUAUUGACACUCCAGGCCUGUUUGACACCAGGAACACUGAAGAGAAAACAAUUCAAGACAUUUCACAGAGCAUUGCUUUUGCUUCUCCUGGACCUCAUAUCUUCCUGAUCCUCAUCAAACUAGACAGAUUCACAGAGGAAGAAAAGCAAACAGUGAAGAAGAUUCAGGAAAUCUUUGGUGAGGAAGCCUACAAAUACAGCAUGAUUCUCUUUACCCAUGGAGACCAGCUCAAAGGGAAAUCUAUCAAAAAGUCCUUGAAGGACAACAAAGAUCUGAAGGAACUUGUUGCCAAAUGCAACAGCCAGUAUCACGUGUUCAAUAAUGAUGUGGAGGAUCGUUCUCAGGUCAGCAAGCUGCUCGAGAGGAUAAAAAAAAUAAAUGUGCAGAAUGGAGGAAGCUACUACACCACUGAAAUGUUCCAAAAAGCAGAGAGAGCGAUUGAAGAGGAGAAACAACGAAUCCUGAAAGAGAGAGAAGAGCAAAACUGCAAAGAGCAGGAGGAACUGAGGAAGAAAAUAGAGGAAAAGUAUCAGCAACAGCUGAGGGAGGAGAGGGCUGACAGGGAGAGGCAGAAUGAGUUGAGGGAUGCUCCCUUCAGGUCUACACCUCCCACAGUCUUCAACAAUGAUGAGGUGAUCAGGAUUGUGAUGGUGGGGAGGACUGGAGUUGGGAAGAGCGCCUCAGGAAACACCAUUCUGGGACAAAAGUGCUUUAAAUCUGGGUUCUCCCCUAAAUCUUUGACACAACACUGUGAAAAGGCUGUUAGUGAGGUGGAUGGACAAAGCAUUGCAGUUGUUGACACUCCGAACCUGUUUGACACCAGGAACACUGAAAAGGAAGCAGUUCAAGAUAUUGCCCAGAGCAUUUCUUAUGCUUCUCCAGGACCUCAUAUCUUCCUGGUCGUCAUCAAACUGGGCAGAUUCACAGAGGAAGAAAAGCAAACAGUGCAGAAAAUUCAGAAAAUCUUUGGUGAGAAAGCCAACAAAUACAGCAUGGUUCUCUUUACCCAUGGUGACGAGCUCAAAGGGAAACCUAUCGAGGAGUUCUUGAAGGAAAGUGAAGAUCUGCAGGAACUUGUGGCCAAAUAUAACAACCAGUACCACGUGUUCAAUAAUGACGCAAAAUAUCCAUCACAGGUCAGCGAGCUGCUCACGAAAAUCAGAAAUAUAAAUGUGCAGAACGGAGGAAGCUACUACACCACUGAAAUGUUCCAAAAUGCAGAGAGAGCGAUUGAAGAGGAGAAACAACAAAUCUUGAAAGAGAAAGAAGAGGAACACCGCAAAGAGCAGGAGGAACUGAGGAAGGAAAUAGAGGAAAAGUAUCAGCAACAGCUGAUUGAAGUUUGUCCUUCUUUUUUGGCCCUCAGGUGUACCCGUCCCACAAUCUACAACAAUGAUGAGCUGAUCAGGAUUGUGAUGGUGGGGAAGACUGGAGUUGGGAAGAGCGCCUCAGGAAACACCAUUCUGGGACAAAGGUGUUUUAAAUCUCAGUUCUCCCCUGAAUCUUUGACUACACACUGUGAAAAGGCUGUUGGUGAGGUGGAUGGACAAUGGGUUGCUGUUAUUGACACUCCGGGCAUGUUUGACACCAGGAACACUGAAGAGAAAACAAUUCAAGACAUUUCCCAGAGCAUUGCUUAUGCUUCUCCUGGACCUCAUAUCUUCCUGAUCGUCAUCAAACUGGGCAGAUUCACAGAGGAAGAAAAGCAAACAGUGCAGAAGAUUCAGGAAAUCUUUGGUGAGGAAGCCGACAAGUACAGCAUGGUUCUCUUUACCCAUGGUGACCAGCUCAAAGGGAAACCUAUCGAGGAGUUCUUGAAGAACAGCAAAGAUCUGCAGGAACUUGUUGCCAAAUGCAACGGCCAGUAUCACGUGUUCAAUAAAGAGAUGGAGGAUCGUUCUCAGGUCAGGAAGCUGCUCGAGAAGAUAAAAAAAAUAAAUGAACAGAAUGGAGGAAGCUACUACACCACUGAAAUGUUCCAAAAUGCAGAGAGAGUGAUUGAAGAGGAGAAACAACAAAUCCUGAAAGAGAGAGAAGAGCAAAACCGCAAAGAGCUGGAGGAACUGAGGAAGGAAAUAGAGGAAAAGUAUGAGCGACAGAUGAGGGAGGAGAAGGCUGACAGAGGCAGGGAGAAAGAGUUUAGGGAAGCUCAUGACAGAGAAAAGGAGGAAGAAGUUAAAAAAAAAAAAAAACAACAGGAAGAGCAGGCCAGACGAGAAGCUGAGGAAAGCCCCUCAUUAAUUCAGUGGUUAAUUAACAGUUCUAUAGAAUUUGUUAAAUUUGUUAAUGUAAUUUCUGACUUACUGAGAAAGCUAUAA